AUGCCUCUUUCUCCCCAUUUCUUUAAGUUACUCAGCCGAGCAGAAGAGCCGACUCCAGUUGAUCCCGGGAGGGAUAUUAUUUAUGUCAAUGGGAGACGGCUUCCGAAGAAACUGCCUCCCAAGGUUUAUCUUGCCCUCAACAAGCCGAAAGGGUACAUUUGCGCUGCUGGGGAGAAUAAAUCUGUCUUGGGUCUGUUUGAUGAUUACUUAAAGAGUUGGGAUAAGAGAAACCCAGGAACACCUAGACCACGACUAUUUACUGUUGGCCGUCUUGAUGUUGCCACAACUGGGUUGAUUGUUGUGACCAAUGAUGGAGAUUUUGCUCAAAGUAUAUCACAUCCUUCAGCAAACUUAACAAAGGAAUACAUUGCCGUAAUAGAAGGUUCUGUUAGUAAGCGAAACCUGAUAGCCAUCAGUGAGGGAACGGUCAUUGAUGGUGUCCAUUGUACCCCAGAUUCCGUGGAGUUACUACCACAACAGCCAGAAAUGUCAAGAUCCCGUUUGCGUAUUGUGGUUCAUGAAGGGAGGAACCACGAAGUACGAGAACUUGUUAAAAAAGCUGGACUUGAGAUACACUCAUUAAAACGCGUACGCAUAGGUGGUUUCAGACUUCCAACAAACCUCGGGCUUGGCACACACAUGGAAUUAAGACAAGGUGAUCUUUCUGCCUUGGGUUGGAAAACAAAGAAAGUUGCUGCGACUGCUGGAAGGUAGCAUUUAUCUUAGCUCUGCCCUAAGUUAAUACAUCUUCGAGGCACAGUCAAAAAAUUCCCCAGUCGCUUAUCGGUCAGAGAUGUUGAAUCGGGUCCCCAUCCCCCUUUGUGGGGGCAGUAUUUGGGUAUGCUAGUCGGAAUCUUUGCUAUGGGUUGGAGUUUAUCCAUGGCCGAUGGUUGAGUACGAGUCACACUUGUAGCAAGUGUUGAGCUGAUGUUAUUAACCUCUGAAGUCUAAAAGUUGCUGGGCUGCAGAUGCAUCUCUAUCUGUGUAUAUUGCAAAUGAUAUAGUAACAAAAUGCUUGUUUUGCCGUUCAUAUGCCAUUUACCGAUCCAAAACUGAGGCAAAUGCAUAGACCUUUCAUUGUAAAUCAAACGAAACAACUCAUCACUUCCACAUUGGAAGCUCUCAGCUCUUAGCAGGCAACUAUCAUUCCUGUAACUAGUUGGAUUUUAAUUUUUUUAUCGCUUCGCACUGGAAAAGAAGAAUAAGAAAAGGUACCUACUUAUUGUCU